CUUUACCCACAAUGCACGAGGAUGAUAACAAAACUAAGCGCCUAAAGUUUGUACGCUGGGGUUAGGACAGAGGAUAAGGAGAGUUGAUUCUCUUUUUAUAUUUAAUGUUUACUUAAAACAGUAGUAAUGGUCUCUUUAAUUUCAAAUGGAGCUGCGUUUUUUUCGAAAGCUGUUGGCUUCUUGAGCACUCGGUCCUUCACAAGGUGUACUUGUGAAGUGAUGAAGAAAGUCUCUUUCAGCACAAGUUCUUUAAAUCCUCCCAAAAGACCACUGACUGGAUAUCUCCGAUAUGCAAUGCAGAAACAGCCCAUACUAUUAAAACAAUAUCCAGCAUUACGAAUUGUGGAAAUAACAAAAAAAAUUGCACAAGAAUGGAGAGGAAUGACACCUGACCAGAAAAAGCCCUUUCUGGAGGCAGCAAGUUUAGCUAGAGAAAAAUAUAAACAAGAUAUAGAAAAAUUUAAUGCACAGCUAACUCCAGCCCAAGCAGCUGCAUUUAAGGAGGAGAAACGUCAGAAAAGAGUUAAAAGAAAAUUAAUGAGAAGAAAGAGGGAGUUAACAGUGCUUGGGAAGCCUAAACGACCAAGAUCAGCAUUUAACAUUUUUAUGGCUGAACACUUUGUAGAGGCUAAAGGAGUUUCAUUACAGGAGAAGAUGAAGGGCUUGUUUAAUGAAUGGGUGAGACUGAAUUCUUCUCAAAAACAGGGCUAUAUGCGACUUGCAGAAGAUGACAAAAUACGCUAUAAAAAUGAAAUCAAGUCUUGGGAGGACCAUAUGAUUCGAAUUGGACGGGAAGACCUUGUACGGAAGUACAUAUCUACAUCUGUAAAAGCAAAACAUACAAAAAGGGCAAAGACAAAGGCCAAACUGCAGAAACGGAAAACUAAAGAUAGACCUACAACAUCCAAAAAACCUACCUUAUCUGCAGCAAGAGCAAAAAGGGCAAAGAAGGCAAAAAAGAGGGAGGAAUAACUCUGCAAAAAGGAGUUCCAUAGUUAUGCCCUCCAGAUGUAUGUUUUCAAAUAACUAAAUGUAUUUUCCUUGUAUUUACUUAAACUGUGAAUCAAUAUUGAACUUGAAGGAAUUGUUCAUGUUUUCCAAAAGUAAGAAAUCUUUCACAUCAGUUGUCAGUAUGUCAUGUGCCACAUUCCAUAUUUUAUGUGGUUUUGACAAGGAUGUAAACUAGAUACCAUGGUACAUUUGGAGCAGUAUAAUAAUGUGAAGAUGCAAUCUGUAUUGAACUGUUGAUGAAGGAAAGGUAAAAGUAUAAAGGGGUUGCGAAGUGCAUUACACUUUCCGAAGUAUCAUGUUAUGUUUUUUUGAUAUUGCAAGGUGUAAGAAAAAGCAACUCCUCACCAAUCAGUUCAUAUUUUGUACUUUUUAAAACUAAAUAAAUAUAAUCUUAAAUGUUGUA